AUGCAGUCAAAGAAGUUCUCACAGACAACAACGAUCCGGAAAACGUCUGGUCCAGUUUCCGUCAACACUCGGCGAGUUCCGGAACAAGUGAUGACGUCAGGUAUGCCUACUAUCUCUUCGGCUAACUUAUUAGCACCACCUACAUCCUCGUCUUCAACUUCAGCAGCGCCAGCGGCAGUGACAGGUGUGGUGACACCUGCAGCAUCGGAAUUUAUCUAUACGCCUCCGUUGAUGAUGACACCCGUGUCUCAGGUGAGCUUUGGCUGUGUCGUCCGCCCAGAAUUCCCUACGGGGGAUCGGUCAGUGAUCUUUGACCCCGAGCAGUACAACCCAGAUGGGUCGCUGAAGACCAUGCACAAGCUACCAGGGUUUGACCAAUCCUAUGCUCAAGCUAUGAAAGCCAGAUAUGUACGACACCAGCAGCUAACAGACAAAGAGAAGGAACUUUCGGUCAACGAAAUAUUUGGCCGCAGCGACAAAAAAUAA